GAAGCCAUGAAGGACAAACGGGCAGUAGAAAAGAAAGACAAACCAAAGAAAAAACACCUUCAUGCGAACAACCAGGAGCUUCAAGUCUUCCACCAACGUAAAUGCCGUUUUCAAUGUUCCUUUUCAAGCCCUUUUGCAUUUAUUUCUCCCUUGUUCUUUUUUCUUGAAACACAUACAUUCUUGUAAUCUUGUUGAUCUCACAGAUAUCUGGUUCUGCCUUUUAUUUUACUGCAAAUGCACAUCGCAUUUGUGAAAGAUUCUGCGCUAGCCUUUCAGGAUUUUUCUGGGGGAAUGAUCAGAAAAUCAAAGUUUAUAAUGGCUUCAGAUAAGAAUUGACCCAAAUUAUUCAAAUAAAUGGACACAACAAGAAGGAGUUGGUUGCAGAAGCUUCAACCACGCAGUUCGUCAAGAGCAUCGAGUAAAGAGGGUGGUUCAAUGGGUGGUGGAGUCGAAGAUUCUAAGCAGUUAUCUGCUGAAGAAGCCUCUAAUAUCACCAAAGAAAAGGUAGCUGCAGCCAAGAAAUACAUAGAGAAUCAUUACAAGGAGAAGAUGAGAAUUUUGCAGGAGAGAAAGGAGCGUCGAAGUGUACUUGAAAAGAAACUUGCCGAUGCUGAUGUUUCAGAGGAAGAUCAAAAUAAUCUCCUGAAGUAUUUGGAGAAGAAAGAGACAGAAUUUAUGAGGCUUAGGAGGAACAAAAUGGGAGCUGAUGAUUUUGAGCUACUAACAAUGAUUGGGAAGGGGGCAUUUGGGGAGGUAAGGAUUUGUAAAGAAAAGACAACUGGUCAUGUAUAUGCAAUGAAGAAGCUUAAGAAAUCCGAAAUGCUUCGCAGAGGGCAGGUUGAACAUGUCAAGGCUGAGAGGAACCUGCUUGCAGAGGUUGACAGUAAUUGUAUUGUCAAACUGUAUUGUUCCUUUCAAGAUGAAGAGUACCUAUACCUCAUCAUGGAGUAUCUGCCUGGAGGAGAUAUGAUGACAUUGCUUAUGAGAAAGGAUAUUUUAACUGAUGAUGAGUCAAGAUUUUAUGUUGCAGAGACUGUUUUGGCUAUUGAAUCUAUCCAUAAACAUAACUAUAUACACAGAGAUAUUAAACCUGAUAACCUGUUACUGGAUAGAUAUGGUCAUCUAAGACUGUCAGAUUUUGGGCUAUGUAAGCCUUUAGACUGUAGUACCCUACAAGAGAAGGAUUUCUCCGUGGGAGAUAAUAUCGGGGAGGCUUCAAGGUCUGAUGCUCAACCUCCAAAACGCACCCAACAAGAGCAAUUACAACAUUGGCAAAAGAAUAGGAGGACACUUGCUUAUUCCACUGUGGGUACUCCCGACUAUAUUGCACCAGAGGUUUUGCUGAAGAAAGGCUAUGGAAUGGAAUGCGAUUGGUGGUCUCUCGGUGCUAUAAUGUACGAAAUGCUUGUGGGAUAUCCACCUUUUUAUUCCGAUGAUCCCAUGUCAACGUGUAGGAAGAUAGUUAACUGGAGAGCACAUCUGAAGUUUCCUGAAGAAGCAAAACUAUCUCCUGAAGCCAAAGAUCUGAUCAGCAAACUGCUCUGUGAUGUAACCAAGAGGCUUGGAUCAAAUGGCGCUGAUGAAAUAAAGGCACAUCCUUGGUUUCACGGAGUUGACUGGAACAGAAUAUAUCAUAUGGAAGCUGCUUUCAUACCUGAAGUCAAUGAUGAGCUGGACACACAAAAUUUUGAAAAGUUUGAAGAGUCUGAAAGUCAAGAUCAUACUUCAUCAAGGUCUGGGCAAUGGAGAAAGAUGCUGUCAACUAAAGAUGUUAACUUUGUGGGGUAUACAUACAAGAAUUUUGAGAUAGUGAAUGAUUAUCAAGUGCCUGGAAUGGCAGAACUGAAGAAAACUUCUAAACCAAAGAGGCCAACUAUCAAGUCACUCUUUGAUGGAGAGUCAGAAACAUCCUCAGAAACUCAUAGCCAUCAAUCUUAUGGUAGUUGUAAGAAUUUGUCAUCUUCUCCCCGUUCUGAAGCUUCUGAUAAGAAUGACGAGCCAGCUUAAUCUAACAGCAACUCUCCCCAGUAUGUACAUGUGGACCCCUAAGCUCAUGAUGUGGACUCAUCAAACAGAUUAUGUUAUGUGAUCAUAUAUAUACUUCCUCAUCGUCUCCCAUUGCAUAUUCGCAAUAACGAACCUACUUAACAUUCUGUGGAUGGAUACACUGCUGCAUAUUUUGUGUUAACAUAGACUAGUUAUAUGAGUUAUAAUUACCCCUCAUUUUACUUUAUUUAUUUAUUUAUAAAUUUUCAGAAAUGCCCUCAUUGACUUAUACAUGGUUGGACACUUGCAAGGCUGUACACAUGUACCAUAUUUUUUUUACGUCAUAUUGUAGAAUAUAUGACGUAAAAUUACAAAUAAUGACAAAAGUGUGACAUUUAAU